AUGCUUGUCUCAAUAUCGUGGAUGUCUUUCUGGCUUGAUCCUCGAGCAUCUCCGGCACGAAUCACCCUUACGAUCACCAGUUUGCUCACUUUAACCACAAUGAGUAAUGGCGCUCGGCAGGACCUACCACAGGUCUCGUAUAUCAAAGCCCUAGAUAUCUGGUUGACGUUUUCACAAGCGCUCAUAUUCUUAGUAUUACUCGAAUACGCAUUCGUUAGCUUCUAUGUAACAAAGCGGGUUUUCGACUGUCCUCAUCGAACAUCCUACUUCCAGGCGCAGAAUAUGUCCAAUAAUAAUCAUAAGUUUGACGAUGAGCGGAUUCACAUAGAAGACGUUGAAUCGUAUCCAUUUGCUGUGAGUUCGAAUUUUGUUAACGAAGCUUAG